AUGGGGAGGUAUGGGGAGGUAUGGGGACAUACGGGGCGGUAUGUGGCGGGCUACGAGGGGCUGGUGGAGGGGGGAGACAACAUCAAGCAAGCCAACUGGCUCAGCGUCUCCAACAUCAUCCAGCUGGGUGGGACGGUGAUCGGCAGCGCCCGCUGCAAAGCCUUCACCACGCGUGAGGGCCGGCUGAGGGCCGCCAGGAACCUGGUGGAGCACGGCAUCACCAACCUCUGCGUCAUCGGUGGGGAUGGCAGCCUGACGGGGGCCGACAUCUUCCGCUCCGAGUGGGGCGGGCUGCUGGAGGAACUGGUCCGAGAUGGGCAGAUCAGCGAGGAGGUGGCACGGGUGAACAGCCGCCUGAACAUCGUGGGGCUGGUGGGCUCCAUCGACAACGACUUCUGCGGCACCGACAUGACCAUCGGCACCGACUCGGCCCUGCACCGCAUCAUGGAGGUCAUCGACGCCAUCACCACCACGGCCCAGAGCCACCAGCGGACCUUCGUGCUGGAGGUGAUGGGCCGCCAUUGCGGGUACCUGGCGCUGGUGUCCGGCUUGGCCUCGGGGGCCGACUGGCUCUUCAUCCCCGAAUCCCCUCCAGAGGACGGCUGGGAGGACCUCAUGUGCGAGAGGCUCGGGGAGACGCGCAGCCGAGGGUCGCGCCUCAACAUCAUCAUCAUCGCCGAGGGCGCCAUCGACCGCAGCGGCAAACCCAUCUCCUCCAACUACGUGAAGGACCUGGUGGUGCAGCGCCUGGGCUUCGACACGCGCGUCACCGUCCUGGGCCACGUGCAGCGGGGAGGGACACCCUCAGCCUUCGACCGGGUGCUGAGCAGCAAGAUGGGGAUGGAGGCGGUGAUGGCGCUGCUGGAGGCCACACCGGACACCCCCGCCUGCGUGGUGAGCCUCUCGGGGAACCAGUCGGUGCGGCUGCCCCUCAUGGAGUGUGUCCAGGUGACGAAGGAUGUGCAGAAGGCCAUGGAUGAGAAGAGGUUUGAGGAGGCCAUCCAGCUCCGCGGGAGGAGCUUUGAGAACAACUGGAACAUCUACAAGCUGUUGGCGCACCAGAAGCCGGCGCAGGAGAAGAGCCCCUUCAGCAUGGCCAUCCUGAACGUGGGUGCUCCGGCUGCCGGCAUGAACGCCGCCGUCAGGUCGGCCGUGCGGAUCGCCAUCUGCCAGGGACACACCGUCUACGUGGUGAGCGACGGCUUCGAGGGCUUGUCCAAGGGGCAGGUCCGCGAGGUGGGCUGGCACGACGUGGCGGGCUGGCUGGGACGCGGAGGGUCCAUGCUGGGCACCAAGAGGACACUGCCCAAGACCUGCAUGGAAAAGAUCGUGGAGAACGUGCGGAAGUUCAACAUCCAGGCGCUGCUGGUCAUCGGGGGGUUCGAGGCCUACGAGGGGGUGCUGCAGCUGGUGGAGGCCCGCGGGCAGUAUGAGGAGCUCUGCAUCAUCAUGUGCGUCAUCCCCGCCACCAUCAGCAACAACGUGCCCGGCACCGACUUCAGCCUGGGCUCGGACACAGCCGUCAACGCGGCCAUGGAGAGCUGUGACCGCAUCAAGCAGUCGGCCUCGGGCACCAAGCGCCGCGUCUUCAUCGUGGAGACGAUGGGGGGCUACUGCGGGUACCUCUCCACCGUCACCGGCAUCGCGGUGGGCGCCGACGCCGCCUACGUCUACGAAGAUCCCUUCACCAUCCACGACCUGAAGGCCAACGUGGAGCACUUGACCGACAAAAUGAAGACGGAUAUCCAGAGAGGGCUGGUGCUGCGCAACGAGAAGUGCCACGAGCACUACACCACCGAGUUCCUCUACAACCUCUACUCCUCCGAGGGCAAAGGCAUCUUCGACUGCAGGAUUAAUGUCCUGGGCCACCUCCAGCAGGGAGGAGCCCCCACCCCCUUUGACCGCAACUACGGGACCAAGCUGGGAGUGAAGGCGGUGCUGUGGAUGUCGGAGAAGCUGCAGGAGGUCUACCGCAAGGGGCGUGUGUUUGCCAACUCGGGCGACUCCGCCUGCGUGAUCGGGCUCAGGAAGAAGGUGGUGGCCUUCAGCCCCGUGACGGAGCUCAAGAAAGUCACCGAUUUCGAGCACAGGCUGCCCCAGGAGCAGUGGUGGCUGAACCUGCGGCUGAUGCUGAAGAUGCUCGCCAACUACCAGAUCAGCCUGACCGAGUACAUCUCGGGGACAAUGGAGCACGUCACCCGCCGCACCCUCAGCAUCGAGAAGGGCGGACACCCCGUCUACGUGGUGAGCGCCGGCUUCGAGGGCUUGUCCAAGGGGCAGGCCUACGAGGGGGUGCUGCAGCUGGUGGAGGCCCGCGGGCAGUAUGAGGAGCUCUGCAUCAUCAUGUGCGUCAUCCCCGCCACCAUCAGCAACAACGUGCCCGGCACCGACUUCAGCCUGGGCUCGGACACAGCCGUCAACGCGGCCAUGGAGAGCUGUGACCGCAUCAAGCAGUCGGCCUCGGGCACCAAGCGCCGCGUCUUCAUCGUGGAGACGAUGGGGGGCUACUGCGGGUACCUCUCCACCGUCACCGGCAUCGCGGUGGGCGCCGACGCCGCCUACGUCUACGAAGAUCCCUUCACCAUCCACGACCUGAAGAGGACGUGGGACGCCGCUGCCAUCCUGGUGUUCAUCUUCCAGGCCAACGUGGAGCACUUGACCGACAAAAUGAAGACGGAUAUCCAGAGAGGGCUGGUGCUGCGCAACGAGAAGUGCCACGAGCACUACACCACCGAGUUCCUCUACAACCUCUACUCCUCCGAGGGCAAAGGCAUCUUCGACUGCAGGAUUAAUGUCCUGGGCCACCUCCAGCAGGGAGGAGCCCCCACCCCCUUUGACCGCAACUACGGGACCAAGCUGGGAGUGAAGGCGGUGCUGUGGAUGUCGGAGAAGCUGCAGGAGGUCUACCGCAAGGGUGAGACGAGGGAUGGGGGAGGAGCCCCCACCCCCUUUGACCGCAACUACGGGACCAAGCUGGGAGUGAAGGCGGUGCUGUGGAUGUCGGAGAAGCUGCAGGAGGUCUACCGCAAGGGGCGUGUGUUUGCCAACUCGGGCGACUCCGCCUGCGUGAUCGGGCUCAGGAAGAAGGUGGUGGCCUUCAGCCCCGUGACAGAGCUCAAGAAAGUCACCGAUUUCGAGCACAGGCUGCCCCAGGAGCAGUGGUGGCUGAACCUGCGGCUGAUGCUGAAGAUGCUCGCCAACUACCAGAUCAGCCUGACCGAGUACAUCUCGGGGACAAUGGAGCACGUCACCCGCCGCACCCUCAGCAUCGAGAAGGGCUUCUAAUCCCACCAGCCCAGAGCCGUAGCCCCCUCCUCCUCCGCGUCCUCUCCAUCCCCACCUGCUGCUCGGGGAGCACGGGGUCCCUCCCCCCUGUUCUCAGUCACCCCACAGCUUUGCCACCCACCCCUUAAAGCAGGCAGAGCCUGGUCUCCCGGCUCCCAAAACUGCACAAUCCUGCCCCGAAUCGCUGGUCCAGGGUCUGGUCCCCCGUGCAGAUGCAGCCAAGAGGGUGUUGCUAGAGCCCCCCCCUCCCUUAAUCUUCCCUUAAUGGUUUAUUUCUAUUAUUUAAUGAUGGGGUAUCCUGACUCCUUAAUUAGCGGCUUGACCGCCUGAGCCAACUGCUGCUUUUAGUGUGGGAGGGGAGCCCAGGAGGAUGCGGUGCCGUCCCGCAGCGGGUAGGGGCUGGUCCUGGGGGCUUUCAUCUGCCCAGUGAGUCCCAGUAAAGCCCCGUUCGCCCAGUGGGGUGUCUGGAGGGCUCAGCGCAGAGCACGGGUCCUGGCGAGCUCCCUCUUCCCCGGCCACCCUGCAUGGCGCUUGGCUGUGACCGUCACAACGCGGCCCCCCAGGGCUGUGCACGUCAUCUCACCGCUGCUCUGUGACCCCCCCCUUACCCCCCAAAAACCUCGCACCCUUCGCGGCGCCGCUCUCCUCCUCUAGAGAUAAAACCCACCUGGAGCCAAA